GUCGUAUUUCCUUCAAGGCGUAUUAUUUAGAGUCAGAAGUUGAAGGUGGAAAGCUCAACAAAGAAAGUGGAAGUGGAAAUUGAGAAGGCUGGUUUAAUUCACAAAUAUGUCUUCGCCUCCCAAAGUUCUAAUGGUGGCGGAAAAACCUAGCAUCGCUCUCUCCAUCGCUUCCGUACUCUCUCAUGGCCAAAUGUCGACCAGGAGAGGUAGUACAGAAGUCCACGAGUUCAAUGGAAAGUUUCUCGGCUUUCAUGUCCAUUAUAAAGUUACUUCAGUUAUUGGGCACGUGUUCAGUGUAGAUUUUCCAGCAUCUUAUCAAGAUUGGAAUGCCACUAAUCCUCUAGACUUAUUUCAAGCUUCGGUUAUCAAGACAGAAUCAAACCCAAAGGCUCAUAUUUCUAGACAUUUAAGUCAAGAAGCUCGUGGUUGUGAUUAUUUGGUACUGUGGUUGGAUUGUGAUCGGGAAGGAGAGAACAUUUGUUUUGAAGUGAUUGAGUGUACUCGGUUUCCAGUGAAUGAGGCAAAGAAAAGGGUUUAUCGUGCUAGGUUUUCUUCUGUGACUGAGAAGGACAUUUCGAAGGCUAUGGACAACCUGGUGGAACCAAACAGACAUGAGGCACUUGCUGUGGAUGCUCGGCAAGAGAUAGAUUUGAAAGUUGGUGUUGCAUUUACACGAUUUCAAACUAGUUAUUUUCAAGGAAAAUAUGGGAACCUUGACUCCAGGGUUAUCUCAUAUGGACCAUGUCAAACUCCUACACUUGGGUUUUGCGUACAGCGUUAUCUGCAAAUUAAUACUUUUAAACCCGAAAAGUUUUGGGCAUUACACCCCUAUAUUAUUCAGACUGGUUAUGAGCUUCAGCUAGAAUGGAAACGUCAAAAGUUGUUCGAUGUAGACGUUGCUACGAUGUUUCAAAAGUUGGUGACAGAAGAUAGCAUUCUUGAAGUAAUUGAUGUAUCAGAAAAACAGGAAAGCAAAGGUCGACCUUCUGGUCUCAACACGGUGAAUCUUUUGAAGGUUGCUUCAAGUGCAUUAGGCUAUGGCCCUCAGACAGCCAUGCAAAUUUCUGAACGCUUAUAUACGCAAGGUUUCAUAAGCUAUCCACGAACUGAAAGUACAGCAUAUCCUUCAUCAUUUGACUUCAAAGGCACACUUAAGUUACUAGAGAAUAAUCCAAUGUGGAGUGGUUAUAUCCAUGGACUGCUCGCUGAAGGUUAUCAUAAACCACGGACAGGAACAGAUGCUGGUGAUCAUCCUCCUAUAACUCCAAUGCAACCAGCAACUGAGGAUGUUCUUGGAAAUGAUGCUUGGAGAUUAUAUCAGUAUAUCUGUCAACAUUUUAUGGGAACGGUGUCUCCUGACUGCAAAUAUGUGAGGACAAAAGUAGAAUUUUCAGUUGGUGGUGAAUUCUUCCAUUGCAUUGGGCAGCGUGUAACUGUACAAGGAUUUACAUCUAUUAUGCCAUGGUUGGCCAUAAAUGAGAAAAACCUUCCCCAGUUUAGAAAAGGGGAGAAAAUUGAAGUUUCAAGAGUGGAGUUAUAUGAGGGUGAGACUUCGCCUCCUGAUUAUCUCAGUGAGAGUGAGCUCAUUUCUCUGAUGGAGAAGCACGGGAUAGGCACAGAUGCAUCAAUACCUGUGCAUAUAAACAACAUAUGUGAGCGGAACUAUGUGCAGGUUCAAGCUGGUAGGAAGUUGGUUCCAACUACUUUAGGCAUAACACUAAUAAGAGGUUAUCAAUGCAUUGACCCAGAUCUUUGCUUGCCGGACAUUCGCAGUUUCAUUGAGCAUCAGAUUACUUUGGUUGCUAAGGGUCAGGCCGAUCAUUCUCGUGUUGUGCAGCAUGUACUCCAGCAAUUCAAGCAAAAAUUCACUUAUUUUGUUCAGCAGAUAGAGAACAUGGAUGCAUUAUUUGAAGCACAAUUCUCCCCACUAGCUGACACUGGACGCGCUCUUAGUAAAUGUGGUAAAUGUUUGCGGUACAUGAAGUACAUCUCAGCACAACCACAACGAAUGUUUUGUGGCACAUGUGAGGAGGUUUACUAUCUUCCUCAAAAGGGCACAAUCAAGUUGUACAAGGAACUUACAUGUCCAUUGGAUAAUUUCGAGCUUUUGAUCUUCUCCAUGCCUGGCCCAGAGGGCAAGUCAUUCCCCCUAUGCCCGUAUUGCUAUAAUAGUCCUCCAUUUGAAGGAGUAGACACUCUCUUUGGUUCCACAAAGAUUGGUAGUACAGGGAAGUUAGGGAAGGGAGCAGGCAUGCCGUGCUUCCUCUGCCCACACCCCACUUGUCGACAUUCUGUGGUGGCCCAGGGGGUCUGUGCUUGCCCCGAAUGCAGCGGAACACUUGUUUUAGACCCAGUGAGUGCACCGAAAUGGAGGCUUUAUUGCAACAAAUGCAAUUGCCUUGUCUUACUCCCAGAGGGUGCUCACCGUAUCACCACCACCCAAGAGCGCUGUAGUGAAUGCGACUCAACAAUCAUAGAGGUAGACUUCAACAAGAAAACAACUCCUUUAGAAGGCGGAGCUACAUUGCAUACCGGUUGCAUUCUUUGUGAUGAGUUGCUUCAUUCACUCGUGGAUGUGAAGCAUGGUAAAUCAUUUAGCAGAGGCUUUGGUGCAAGAGGAAGAGGCAGAGGAAGAGGAAGGGGAAGAGGGCGAGCAACUGGCAAAAAGGUCGACCCUAGAAUGAGUUUCCGAGAUUUUUGAACUGCAUUUAUUUAUGAGCUUUGCCUUUUAAAUCCUUUGGUUUUUCUUCUGAUGAACAUACUAGGU